AUGGACGUGGAGGUGGCGCGGCGGCACGUCAACGAGCAGAACGCGCCGUCACGGCCAUGGUUUUUGGUGUCGGGCAUGGCUGCCGGCGCGCCUUGCCCAAGUGCGGCGUGGGCGGGGCCAACCUGGCUACAGCUGGAAUUAGGCAUCAGCCCUGCUCUCCUACCACCAGCCCUUACGAAACCGGCAGCAAAAUGCGCGCGAGGCGGUUCCAUUUCUGCCACCCCAUUUGGAUCGCGUUCCCAGACACAGGGCGACGCCGUUGGGAUCGCAUCCGUGGAGGUGGAGGUGGAGGUGGAGGUGGAGGCAACCAUGACAGGCACGGUAAAAGUCCACAAUGUCUCUCUUAAAGCAUCAGAGCAAGAUAUUAGUGAGUUCUUUUCAUUUUCCGGCGAGAUAGUACAUGUAGAAUUACAAAGUUGUGAUGAGCGGUCACAGUUUGCCUACAUCACGUUCAGAGAUAAUCAAGGAGCAGAGAGGGCUAUGCUUCUUACGGGAGCGACUAUAGAAGAUAUGGCUGUCAUCAUCACACCAGCCACCGAUUACAAGCUACCAGCAUCCGUUUUAGCUGAUCUAGAGUCAAAAAAUACUGGUGGCAUGGAAUCCGCUCUUCAGAAGGCUGAGGAUAUUGUAGGUUCUAUGCUAGCCAAAGGGUUUGUUCUUGGCAUGGAUGCCGUUGAAAAAGCAAAGGCCUUUGAUGAAAAGCAUCAGCUCACAUCAACUGCAACUGCCAAAGUCGCUUCCCUUGACAGGACAAUGGGCUUAAGCCAGAAGUUCAGCACCGGGACCUUAGUGGUGAAUGAGAAAAUGAAGGAAAUGGAUGAGAAAUACCAGGUUGCAGAGAAGACCAAGACAGCAUUAGCCGCGGCUGAGCAGACUGUCUCUACUGCUAGUUCUGCCAUCAUGAGUAACAGAUAUAUCCUUACAGGUGCAGCAUGGGUAACUGAUGCCUACAACAAGGUUGCAACCACUACAACCGAUGUUAGCACGAAGACAAAGGAAAGGAUGAUGGCUGAGUGGGAGGGAGCCAAUCAGAGCGGUGAAACCACAAAGGUUGAUUCGCUUGAAAGCUCUGAAGUGGAUGAGCAAGAGUGCAAGCGUCAUGAAGAUGAUUCUACAAACAACUUCAUUCUAGAUAGUCCUGAAAUGACUUGUCAGGAGAGUGAGCAUCAAGCGGGUGAACGUCAAAUGACUAAUGUAGAGGAGCAGAAAAAUCACGAGGGUGAAAUUGCAGUAGCCCACAUGCAAGAAAACACUGAGACAGCUGAGAAGAAUCCUAGCUGCCACGAGAGUGAAGUAUCCAAGGCCAAUGUUCAUGAUAGUGUUCUAAUGACUGAGCAAAGUGAGCGAGAGCAUAAGCAACCCGAAGGUGAAUUUGCAAAGACCCAUGUCCCAGGAAGCCCUGUCACUAUUCCGGUCACCAUGUCCACUAUUGACGGGAACUCUAGCAACAGUCCCAAGAAGCCUGAUUCUGCUGAGGGUUUUCUAUGA